GAUGGAUUCCCAGGCUGUUUCUAUGAAGGAUUAUGAAAUAUUGACAUGCGCCGAGCGAGAGUCCUGGGGCUUCGAUAACACGUGGGUUUCAGUCAGUCAGUUCAGUCUAUAAAAAAUCGGGGAUGUUUAUCGUUUAUGACUAAAGAACGGCUGAGUAAUUUUUAAUAAAAUUUGGCAUGCAGACAGUUCCUGGAAGAACAAUGAAAUAGCAGUCGAGGCCAAACCGGUCGUCAACCGACACUCCAUCAGAAGAUUGACAAAGAAAACUGUGAGAAUAUCUGCAAAGAUGAUAGACGAUAACUAGACAAUCAAGUGUUACUUAAGUCAAGAAAAAUCGUGAAAGUGUUUAAAAAAUGGACAUGAAAAUGCGACACUGACAUUUGGGCUCGCACGCUCAUAAAACCCAUUUCAACCCAUCAAUGUUAAAUUACAGACUGGUUUCAACGCAUUUUUUGAAGCAACCGUAAAGCGUUGGUCCGAAUUUUUUUGACUGUCUGCGUCUUACCAAUAUGUGUCGUGAUUGGGACAUGAGGGCGCAAAGAAGUGACAUCAUUAAAUAGACAUUUUUUUAUAGACUAUAAUAGUUUAGUGACAGAUUCCCGCCAAAACGGCGUCCGAAUCUACCCCGCCGUUUCGUUUUGUUUCUUUCAUUUUAUUUUACAUCAAAGGAUAAGCAAUAACCCGGUCAAUAGUGUUUGGUUGGAUUCAGCAGGGGUCGUCAAGAAGCCUCAGCUAACCUGGCCAGCAACAGUCGGGGCAACAUUUCCAGAAUUUUGAACUCCAUAGUUGGUGCUGCAAGAUACUGCAUUAAUCUUCACAUUGACGGUCGAAACUUUUGGAUAUUGGAAAAUUUUAUUUGCAAGUCUAAAGUAUAAAGCCUCAGGCGAACAUGGUACAAUUGGAAUUCCUGCAGGGUUACGGGCACGAAAGAGAGUGUCCGAGCGAGCAGCCGGUAGUAAUAUCGCUCGGGUGGCGUGCGCAGUGCUGCGAGCGGGACGAGCCGAGAGAAAAGGAGACGGAAGAUAUGGCGGCCCCGGAGUGCGAGCGAGAGGCCCGCAAGCGGCGCGAGCGUCGCGACUCGGGCUGCACGCACGAGCGGAAGGAGAGAAGACCGCAUAGUGAAGAGAGAUUGGCGCCUCCACCACCUCCUCCGCCACUUCAUGACUACAAUCGACUUGAGUCCGAGCGUCGUGCUGAACGUCUCUCCCGCGCCCGCCGGCCGCAAUAUGGCGGCAAACGUCGUCGUGCCCCCACCAGGAUACCAAAACAUCCAAAAGAAAAUGAUUGCGUCCCCACCACAGAUGAUACAAGAUGCCAUACACCGCCUAACUUUGAAUAUAUUGUGCAAAAGACGCAUUUAUGCGAGGAACCAGAGACGCUGGACGCUGGAGCCCUCCAACGCCAAGUGGUCCGUGUUCCCAGCAGCACCGGUAGCGCUGGGAGCACCGAGAGCGUCGAAACUGACACCAUGGAGCGGGUGCGUCGCGACGAGCGCAGCGCUACUUCGAGACACCACCCUCGUCGGGACCAGCCAUGUCCUGAGACUAGACUAGACAAGAUACAGAAGAAGAUCAGUGUCCUCAAGAAAACUAUCUCGAAGUACGAAAGCGAUUUUGAAGCCAAGAACGGUUAUGCCAUCAAUCCGAGUGACCGCAUCACCGAUGUCCAGCUGACACGAAUGUACGACAGUCUUCGAAAAUUGCAAGCUGAGAAACGUUGCAUCAAAGCUGAUCCGAUUGAAUACACAUUGAAGGUACAAGCCGCCAGGCAACAGAAGGAAAGGGAUGAUAAACUCGAAAUAGCAUUGAGAAGUGACAAGACCAUGUCUGAAAUCGUGUGGGACAUUGAAGAGUGGUUGGAAGGUUGCCGGCAAGCGUCCGGUCGGUCGAGUACUCCUGAAGCGAACUGGUCUUCGGCUCAGUUGGCGGCAGAGAAGUCUUGUGUCCAGAGAGCGUUGCUUCGUUUGGAGGCAGCUAGAGGGAGACCUCCAGCUCAUUCUGCAGAGCGGGGCGCCGCCAGACAUUUGUACGACCGAUACAGAGCUGUCAAACGAUGUCUCGCUGCGACACGACCUGAUGCGGUAAUUGGAUGUACGAACAGCGAUUUGGCGACAAUUCACGAGCAUGAGGCAAUGUUAUUCAACAGCAGCGUGGACAGCUCCAGCGAUUCUCAAGAGAAACCAUCUGAUUCCUCACAGGAAACAGCGGAGACUCCGCUCCAAACACCGCUGCAAUCCCCACCUCGUCAAGAAGGAGGUGUACCAAAUGAGGAGGUGCCAUCGUCGACAUCAUCAGCACAUUCAGCCGCCAGCGAGGAGGCUCCAGCUAAUGAGGGACUCCACUGCCUCAGCGUGGAGGAACUCCACAAGGCUCUUGCUGAGGCUAAACUGCAGAAAUGUGUGCUCCGACGCAGCAUCAAGGAGUACGAAGUGAGCUUCGAGAUCCAGAACUGUAGGAAGGUCCAGAGGGACGACAAGAAGGGACGAGAGGACGAGUACCUCCGUUACAAGUCUGUCAAAGCCAGGAUCAAACUGCUCAACGCUCUGAUCAACAAACAGAAGACACUACCUCAAUAAAUAGGGGACGUUGCGAUGUUAUUACAACAGAUUGUAGCAACAGUCUUUGGAUAACACAGAGACAAAGAAAACUAAGACGGGCUUGCGUACCCAAAUGAAGUAGCAGAUUUUCAUACAACUUCCCGGCCCAACAAACUGGCACUGUCUCGUUUCUUCUUGUGUAUUUCUAAUAAAUAUUUAUCUUUAUUGUAUGAGCGAAACGAAUGACGAAGUCUAUAGUUUUCUCUGUCCACGUUGAUAUAACGACAAGUAUUCCAAAUCAUCAUAAAUUAUAUCAAUUGACUUGUGCACUAUGAUAGUGGGAUCGUUUGUUUAUCGCAAGUGCUGUUGCCGCCAUCUGCGGCGAUAUGCUGCAUCUUUGUGAUUUAUCGGUAAUAUUUGCCCAUAUUUUAAGCUAAAAGAUAAAUAUAAGACAAAACUUGAUCUGAUUUUAGCUUGAAGUCUGCAAUAUUACCAUGAUCAAUCGUCGCAAUAAUAUCGCAGUGUUAAUACUUCAUAGGCCUGCAUUUUCACUUGAGAUAAACUACGUUUUAGGUAUCUGAUAUUACACCAUUUUUUUUCAAUGCCUGUAUUAACACAGGUGUAGUAUAACGUGCUAAUUCUGGACUUACAUUAAUUUAAGGGCCCAGAAUCACAAACAGCUAUGUAGUACUAUCAGUGAUAAACCAUCUUAUUAUCACAACUCGCAUAGUUGCGUUAUGUAACGAGACUCUUUCGUACUUACUUUAGCUUUAUAGCUUAGCUCCUUUCUCUAGUGGAAGUGCAUCCUAAGAGUUGAUCAGGCACGACGUUAAAAUCGCUAAUGAUAGACGUGGCGCAUCAAAUUUUAUUCAAAAACUGGAAAUGUUCCGACCUAAAUUCGUUUCAAUAUAAAUAUUUGCAAUGUAAUAUAAUAAAUCUGUAUAUUAUUUUAAAAAAAUCUCCUUAAAUGUAGAUUAUUUAGUAUCCAUACAAUCCUGAUAUAGGUACGCAAACAGAGAUGUUAAGUAAAAAUUGUAUAGUGCCAAAUUGUUUUCUAUACAAUUGUAUUUGUAACAUAAAAAUAUAUAGACAAAUACUUAAGUAUGGGUACGUAAUUAUCAUCUAUGCAUCAAUAUAGCUUUGUUAAUAACUUUCAAUAUAUACAUAGUUAAACUGCUGCUAUAUAUGUAAAUAAGCCUAGAAUAUACCCUACUAAAAUUACACAAUAGAUAUACAUAAUAUAACUUCUAAUACAAAAUACACAAUAAGUUAUUAAGGGAACUGGGUGGGUUUGUCAUUUCGACAUGGGUUAAGUAUACCGCAAACCGUUAUUGUACUAAUAAUACUUAAACAAAAUUCUUAUACAUACUUUUAACUAUAGACAAUAUUAUAAAUAGUUACAUACGGCAAAAAACUUAGGGGAAAUCGCAGGGGAGGAUACCUAUAGGUAUAGGUAUAUGUCAAAUGUUGUAUUUGAACAAUUAAUCCCUAGUUUCGGUAACAAAAUCCUCCUUUUCAAACCAAUUAUAUAGCUUAUUUUUAUGCUCUACCGCUAUGAAAGUAAGACAGAAAAAUUUACAUUUUUUCUGAUUAAGAAAUUGGAAUAUUUUUAAACCGAAAUAACUCGAGUUAUCUAGGUUUUUUACAUCCAUUCCACAAUCGCCAGUUACGAAGAUUGGAUUUAUGAAUUUAAAACGAUCGAAUUAUAAUCACUGCCGUAUACUACACAUACUUGUAUAAAUCAACGAGCAGGUUACAGGCAUUUUGAGUAAAUAAUAGACUUCGUAACAUCGGCAUCUAUGCUAUGUCGAUGAACAUUCCACUAAACUACCUUACUUGGAGUAAAAACAAUAAAAUACUUAUUAGAUUUAAGACUUACCUGAAAACUUAAUCUGAUUGUACAAAGUUAUAUCAUCACCUUAAACAACUACGUGAUGAUUCAAAGAAAAUUUUAAAAUGGUUGUCAUAUAAAAUUUCUAGUUCAUUGUUCCAGAAACGUGAAUAUUAUCAAAUGAAUUAUAAUGAACGUUGCUAAUUACGUAUAAUAACAUGUAUGAUAGAAAAGUACUCUAUGAUAAAUUAAUAAUUAUAUCGUGUACUCAAAAUACGGAUCUAGGAUUUAGGUCAAACAUCUAUUUGAAGCGAAAGAGUCCUUUGUCAUCCUAGUGCGAUAACAGCGAGUGUCCUACUUUUUGUAUCUAAUUAAAUAGAGGAAUCCAAAUCGUGCUGCAUUACUUAAUAUAUAAGCUGUGGUUGUUUAUAAUUCUUUGUCAAAUUAUGGAUAUUUCAUUUAACCAUAAUUGGUUACAAGGCUAGAUGAGACGAGAGCUAGAUAUUUAAAUAUACCCUACAAAGAGGAAUUGUUUAGUCUCUUUGUCAUAGACAUAAGUAACUUUAUUAGUUUUUUGCUUUUUCUCGGAUGCAAAAAGUGGACGCAUUAAUGCUGCAAAUGGAGAAUAUUGAUUGGAAUUUGUGACCAAUACGGUCAAUAGAAUAUAUUUUAUAUUGGAUUGACACACUGGAUGCUGUGGCGACGCCAGUACCUUGUUUGCAAUGCAUAUAGUGUUCCAAGUAUGUACCGCCUCUAUUACUAAAAUGUUUGUGACUAAAGUCCUGUGUAGCCAUUUUUUACAUGUAAUUUAUACUAGGUUUUACAUUUAUUAUUUAUUUUAUUUUAAAAAUAUUAUAUGUUGUCUUUGUGUAUUAGGAUUUAGGAUAUGCUUCUGAAAUUGCAGUUGUUCAACAUCAAUCGAUGUUUUAAGAAUUAAAAAAAAAACGAAAAUUAUACAGAAACGAAAUGGAAAAAUCACUCUUAAUUAAUUCCUCCUAACCUCAAAUUAAGGCUACGAAGAUUAGUUGAUAUUAUUAUUUUCUAUUCGUUUGCUGUUUCCCAGUAUUUGUCCAUCGAAUGAUGCGGAUCAACUACAUAUAUUCUCGCGGCACCAAAUGGGUCAUAUGCAAUACGGCCCUGUAUUCUCUGAAUGAGGCAUUUAAGGGGCUCCUGUCUUUAAAAUUCAUAGUGUUAGUGUUUUUAUUUCAAAUUUUUAAGCAUCAAUGAAAACAACAUGAUAAUGUCAUAGACAUGAGUGACUCAUUUAUUGGACGUAGAUUAUUUUUGAGAUAGCGCUGUCAAUAUCUACUUAUCAUGGAUGUUUAACGAACAAGAACACGAUUUCUGUGAAGUACUUAUUAACUUUUUUCAAUAGAUAUAUGUUUAAUAGUAAUUUUGUACUGGAUCUAGGCUGAAUACCAGGAGCCUCUUAAUAAAUUAGUGACUAAUGUGACUGGUGAUAAAGGAUUUACUGUGAUUUUAUUAUAAACACUCUUGUAUGACAAGAAACUUUUGUUCUCAAAUGAUUGCUAACGUGCGUUUUAUGUGUUUGUUGUGUUAAUUAUUUCCGUCUGUUAAAAACUCGUUUUAUAAAUAUUUGUUUGUUAAAAUCUUUUUUUACAAUAAUUAAAACUUGUAAAGUUUGAUCAGUGUUAAAAUCUCUUUUUCGAAGAUUUAAAUAUAGUUUACAAAAACAGUCGUAGUUACGAAUUUUAAAUACUUAGGUAUUUAUUUAAAUUAUUGAAGUGACGAUAUAAGAAUAUGAAAUUGUGACAUUUUGUAAAUGGUUUGAAAUGUUGCUUUAAAAUGUAGAUUAGUUAUUUUGAAAGGUAAAUUGAUAAGUGGAAGUGAAUAGGUGAACGCCAUAUCUACAAAGAGUUUCGGAAAAUGACUGGAUCAUCCAUUUUUCAAAAUGUUUUGCAUAUCAAUUUUGAGAACACAUUGAACCGUAUUUUAAUGAUUGCGGGUAAAUAAUAUUACAGUUUUUCUAAAUACCUAAUUUUUUUUAAAUACAUGAAACCAUGAUACUUGUUUACCUAUUUAAUUGUGAGUAGGAAAUUUAGGUAAUAAUAUUUAUAACAAUAUAUAUUAUUAUUUCAUUAAAAAUACCUAUGUCAAAUCUUUAAUUGCCCAUUACUGUGUACAUGUUUACUCUCAAUCUUAAACAUAAUAUUGUACCAUAGAAUAACGUAUUGUCGUAAAAUUAUAAAGUCAAUGGAAGCAUUUGUACCGAGUACUUUUUGGGAAAAAUGUAUAGAAUCCUAGGGUUUUUGGCGACUGUAUCAAAAUUUAGUAUGUAUUUUGAGGAGAAAUAAAUCGGUGAAAAGUAAGCGUUCCGCUAAAUGCCACUACUUUAAUAGAUAAUGUUCAAAAUAAAAUAUUAAAACGA